AUGGGCUUCACUCCGGUGGAGUCAGGGCUGGGCGGUGCCAUGAUUGGCCUCUCUGCGCUGGUGGCUUACUUGUCAGAUGGCAAGAUCACGGGCAUCAGCGGAAUCCUGGGCCCCUUCUUGAAGAACGUUAUGGUCUGCCAGCUGGAGGUUUGGAAGAUGCUUUUCCUGAUCGGUCUCAUCCUGGGAGGCCUUGCCAAUAACGCCUGGAAUGCCUCCUUUGCCUUCCCUGGUGCCGAGCCCUUCUCCACGUACCGCUAUUUAGCCGCUGGGAUUGCCGUGGGAGCUGGCAGCCGAUUGCAGAGGGGCUGCACCUCCGGCCACGGCAUUUGCGGGCUCCCGCGCUUCAGCCAGAGGAGUUGGAUGGCGGUGCCCAGCUUCAUGCUGCUGGCUGGCAUCGUGGUCUACGUGACUCGCCACGUUCUUGUCGUGGACCCGGCGAAGGAGCCUGGCAUCGCUGCGCUGGAGUGGCCUCCCAGCUUGCACUUCCCUGUGGCGGCGCUGGGGGUGUCGCUGAUGCUGACAGCCCUGUCUUUUGCGCCCCUGGGCGCUGUCCACGGCGUCAUCUGCCCGCUGUCCUGCGGCACCAUCUUUGGCCUGGGCCUUGGUGUCGCCGGCAUGACCAGCCAGGACAAGGUCCUGGACUUCUUGGAUGUCGCAGGCUACUGGGACCCUUCUUUGGCCUUUGUGAUGGGCUUGGGCAUUUGCGUGUCCUUCCCUGCCUUCUACAAAGGGGAGAAGGAGGGUGCCAAGCCAGUCUGUGCUGAGAAGUUCGAGAAUCCUCCCAAGACAGGAGAUACGGGUUCCCUGCUCAUCGGCGCCGCGCUCUUUGGCCUGGGCUGGGGCUUGACGGGCAUAUGCCCGGGGCCGGGGCUUGCGGGCACUGUGGGUCUGUGCCACAGUGGUGCUGUCUAG